UGGUACAUCACCAAGAUGGCAGACACCGCCUCUCCCGGCGGCACUGUCGCGUCGCGGCUGCGGUCAAAGCGGAGAUGCCCCGACGCGAAGCUGCUCCGGCAAGCCACCCGCAGAAAGCCGUACUGCGUCGACACGCCCUCGCAGUCCAGCUCGGAGGCAGAGGAGGACGACAAAGACAAACCACCGCCUCAUCCAACGCGGUCGUCCAGUGACGAGGGCGGGCGCGGGCAUGGCAGGACGGGGAUAAGGCGCCCACGGCGCCGAGGACAAAACGCCGAUGAUGACUCUGAUGAAGACGGCAGAACGGCGGCGAGGCGGCGCCGAGGACAAAACGCUGCCCACAUCGAUGAAGACUUUGAGGAACCCGGUGGAAUGGCCGCCGCAAGGAGAAGGGAGAAGCAGCGCAUGGAAGAAGAUGAUGCUGCUGCUGACGGCGGCGAUGAGGCUGAUGAGCAGGGAGCUUCCCGGAGGGCAAAGAAAGAAGGAGCGGCGUCCUGCCGGCAGGCGGCCGGCCGCAAGAGCAAGGACUUCCCCGCAGAGGGAUGGGAGCAGCUGGGUGAUGUCACCUUCAAGAAGAGCUCCCUGGUUCCUCCGAGGCGGCAGGACGGGCGAGACCAAGAGACUUACGACGAUCUGCUCUACUCCAUUUUCGAGGGAAUCGAGACCACUCUUCAGAACGCCUCUGCUCCUCUGGACGCCCCUGUUCCUGCUCAAGAACAGGGAAGCGAUCCGUUUCCUCUGGUGUUCUCCUUCGGGGUUGUAGAUGAGGUGGUGCCGGAGAAGACUGCUCUGGACGACCUGUGGGCACAACGUGACUUGGCCUUGGACUUGGAGGCCGAAUCCAACAAGGUUUUUUCUCACACCUGCCACAAGGACGCAGAGAGCGAUGAGCAUGAAAUUCCUGCACAUGGAGGGACUUUUUGCAAGCGAGGGAAGCAUGAUCUCUUUCAUGAUGAUCAAAUCGGCGUUCGAUGUCGAAAAUGCGAUUACAUCGAAAUCGAAAUUAGACACGUAUUUCCAUCCAUGGCCAAGGAAUCAACGGAUAGGGAGCCAGCAGCGGAGCAUGAUAGGCUUGACAUGUUCGUUGAUGACAUCCUGAAAUCAGUUGGAUACGAAGGGGCAAGCAACGUGGGACUGGGAAGUGACAAAACUGGCGUCGUCUGGGAUCUCAUUCCUGGGGUACGGGAAGACAUGUUCCCACACCAGCGGGAAGGGUUUGAGUUCAUGUGGAGAAAACUUGCAGGAGGGAUCGACAUUGAGCAGCUGAGGCACACCAUGAACACUGACACCACAAGUGGCUGUGUGAUCUCUCAUGCCCCGGGGACCGGCAAGACCAGGCUAGCAAUCACAUUCGUGCAGUCUUACCUGGAGGUCUUCCCGCACUGCAGGCCAGUUAUCAUUGCCCCCAGGGGUAUGCUGGCUACAUGGGAGCAGGAGUUCAGUAAAUGGAAUGUCAAGCUCCCAUUCCAUGUCCUCAGUUCCAGUGAGAUCCAGUGGGAUCAAGACAAGACCAUCCAGAAACUGGUCUCCAAGGAUCAUGGUCUGGGCCAGAAGCUGGCCAUGAAGAAACUGAGCCAGAAAUCCAAGAUGAUGCUGAAGCUGGCAUCAUGGUAUGAAGGGAGCAGCAUCAUCGGUCUAAGCUAUUCGCUCUACAGGAAUCUUGCCAAAGGCGAAGGCAAGGAUGGAGAAAUGCAGAGGAACCUGCUUCUUGAGAAGCCCGGCUUGCUGGUCCUCGACGAGGGGCACACACCAAGGAACAAGAAGAGCCUCAUUUGGAAAGUUCUCGCAGAGGUCAGCACCGAAAAGCGGAUAAUCCUGUCAGGGACUCCAUUCCAGAACAACUUCCUAGAGCUAUACAACAUCUUGUGCUUGGUUAAGCCCAAGUUUGCCAAAGAUUUUGCUUGUACAAGACUCAGCAAGAAAGGAGUUGCUUCCACCAGCCAAUCAAGAGCAGCGCCUUAUGUGGAGGAGGAUGAAGGCAAAGAAUUCUGGAGUUCAUUAAGGAUAAGUAACAUCACGGAUGAACACAUCACUGAAAUCCGGGAAAAGCUGGGCCCUUUUGUGCACAUCCAUAAUGGUGACAUUCUUCAGAAGUCUCUUCCAGGAUUGAGAGAAUCUGUUGUGAUCCUGAACCCUCUUCCUCGUCAGAAGGAAAUCAUCGCAAUGAUGGAGGAAAGUGCAGGGAAGGGUUUUCUUGACGCAGAAUACAAGAUAUCUCUUGCGUCCAUACACCCAUUCCUCGUCACAAGCACAAAACUGUCAGACACAGAAGCCUCUGUUGUGGACAAGAUGAAGAGCGUGCGGCUGAACCCAUGAGAAGGAGUGAAGACAUGGUUCGUUUUCGAGAUCAUCCGUCUUUGCGAAGCACUGAAAGAAAGAGUGCUGGUGUUCAGUCAGUACCUUGAACCACUGGCCCUGAUCAUGGACCAGCUUACCACAGAGCUAGACUGGACAGAAGGCAAGGAGAUCCUACUCAUGAGUGGAAAUGUGCGUGUUAAACAGCGCGAAGCCUUGAUGGAAUCCUUCAACGACAUGAACAGUGAGGCUAAGGUGAUGCUUGCAUCAACCAAGGCCUGCUGUGAAGGAAUAACACUGGUCGGUGCAUCGCGUGUGGUUCUCCUUGAUGUCGUCUGGAAUCCUUCUGUUGGACGGCAGGCGAUUGGCCGAGCCUAUAGAAUCGGCCAGGAGAAGAUUGUGUACACAUACAACCUGAUUGCAGAAGGAACAAAGGAGAAGGUCAAAUAUGACAGACAAGCUACCAAGGAUCACAUGUCCAAAUUACUGUUUUCAAAUGAACCGCAACCUACCGGGAGCAAUCUGUCGCCAGAACUGAUAUCCAAUGAUAGGAUUCUGGAAAAAAUGGCUGCACGUGAAGAACUCAAAGACAUGUUUGUGCAGAUUCUCCCUUCCCAUUGACUGCAGAAAUUAUAGCUCUCAAUCUUGGAGGCUGAUGAUUCUACAUUCCAUCGAUAUCGGAAUCUUCAGAGUCUCCAAAUAACAACUGGCAUCUUGCUGCCCCUGUGGAAUAGCUGCUCCUAGAACUCUUGUGGUGUUGUGUGUUGUAGGGUACUAGUGGGUUUUCGUCCCGUAGUUUGUCUCUUAAUUGACGAGGAACAGCGGGUUUCCCAUUAGUUUGUCGAACUCGUUUCUUUCCCUUUCUCUCCUUUCUUGCUUUCUGUAAGACUUGGUGUUUCUGAUAUUAUUUGCCUGGUAGUGAACUACAUAAGUUUAUUUGUAUUAGUUACUGUCCCA